UUGAAUGAUCUGCUCACAACAUGGAACCUUUAGUUUCUGUGUCCUGCAACAUCUGUUAUACUUGGUAACAUUUUGUAAUGUCAGAAAAUGUCUCUAUUUGUAUAAACCAUUUUUUAUUUAAUUAUUAAACACUUAUGACUCAAUCAUUACUAAAGAUAUUGUGUAGUCUUGUGAUUCUAGUGUGCAGCAGUAUCAAAAUAGUGUAUUUAUCUGCCGUUGAAGGGGCACCCUCUCACAUAUCCUCCCCCAGCUCAGCGUGUAAGAGACCACAUCAGUUCCUCCACACUGAGAUAAAAAUAAAAAGCUCUUGUACUUUGUAACACAAGUCAACACAGAAAUCUGUGUGCAGAGGAUGAAGAACAACAGCAUUGUUUUUCAAUCCAGUCAUAUGAGAGGGUUAGGUGACAGGUAAGAGAAAUAGAUCAACAGAUAAAAAAGCUCAUCCCAGGAUAUGGUGGCAUGUUUGACUUAUUACCCGGGUCAUGGCCAGAGUUUUUGAAAUUCUGAUGUCAUGUCACUUUAAGUUGUUAAACAGCAGGCAUGAUUAUUAUGUAAAGCUGUUUUUUUUUUUCUUUGUUUUGUCUCAUACAACCUGGAUUUUUCUUUUUUUUUUCCUUGUGCACAAGUCCCUGUUGUUCAAAGCAGCCCUUUUGUUAAAUUUGUCAAACAUUUACAAAGUCUCAGUUAAUUGCUUGAAUAACAGCUGGCUGUUCUCAGGAAAAGAGAGUGUUUCUCAGAUAACUACAUUAAUUAUUCAUUGCUUUUACUGCUUCCUUCACAAUAAAAUCCAGCUGAGUUUGGAUCACUCCUAUGCUUUGAAUGUGAAGCACCAGAUAUAUGACACACAGGGUGAUACAGACAUGUAUGUUAACAUACGUGUGAUAGAAAUUAAAAAUAGACGUGCUGUACAUGCUGCACACAUGCUGUUUGAUGGCCACUUAGAGAAAAAACACUGUGCACAGGGAUAAAAUUACACAUGCAUCCUUACAUUUUCUCCACUGAGAUAAUCAAAAGUAAUCUGCAGGGUUGCAACAGCACAAAAUAAAUACAGAUAUAGGUAUAUGUUACAUAAUGGCAAAUGCAUUGCUAUCACAUACAUACAUCUUCAGAACUAAUCAAUUUGAUUUAUCUUAACAUGUUUUUAUAUGUUUUUAUCAUGCAUGUUAAUAUAAAACCUAUAUACUCAUAUGUACCACAUGUAUAUGUGUCCAUAAAACUGUUCCAGUUUGUAAAAGUUUCAUAUAAAGGUUGUCCAUACAUGUCCUCAUACAUACAGAUAUUUCAUAUAUGAGGCAACAGUUGAUGUACAUACAUUACAUUUAUGCGUUAUCGGUUAUUAUGGGAAAUGAAGCUUGCUGUAUAAAUAAUAAUAAUAAUAAUAACUUUAUUUGUAUAGCACUUUCAAAAACAGAAGUUCACAAAGUGCUUUAAAAUAUAAUUAUAAAGCACAUGGAAAAAGACAGACAAAGACAAAAAGCUCAGUUAAAACAGAACUGAAGGCCAUUUUCAUCUCAUAAGGAACUCAGACAAUACAAGAACCAUGUAACAUAAAAUGAGACCAUGAGGACCAAAAUAAAAUCAUAAAAUAGUUAAGAAAAAAGAAAAUGGAAUUAAAACAGGGGGUCAAAAGUGGAAACAGGGUAGUAAAUAUAAAAGACAAUAUCAACAAUGAUAAUAAAAUAAUAACAGGUAGGCUAAUACUGAUAAUAAUAGUAAUGAUAAAAUAGAGCAACAAGAAUGAGCAAGAGAUUAAUAAAAGGCCUAAAAGGUUAAUUAAGAAAAGAGUUCAAGUAAAACAAAAGCUAAAAAGACAGUAACACCAAAAUAAGAUAAGAGAUGAUUCCCAGAGAUAAGAGAUGACAGAUAAAAAGAUAAAAGACGGCAUCAUAUAAAAGCAAGUCUGUAAAAGUGAGAUUUUAAAUUUGACUUGAAAGAAGCGACUGUCUCCUCUGGCAGUCACAUGAUAAUGCAAAUAAAAUCCUAGAAAUGUCCAGUUAUUUAACAUAGGAUACAUGGAUGAACGUCUACCUCAGGCUUCCACAGCUUUCCCUAAAGCACAUACCUGUAUUUCCCAUUAACAAAGUCUAUACUUACAAUUAUUUCUUUUUAAUGACCAAAGCAGAAAUGCACUCAGAGCUACAUUAUGUUCAUUCAAUUUCCUUCUAUUUCUUGAAAUCUUGACUUGAGAUCUUGAUAUUUUUGUCCAUUAAGGUAAAAAGAACUUCACUCUAGUUAUCUUGAGAUCUCUCCACUUAGUUAUCUUGGCAUCUAGAAAAAAACAAAACUGAGAUGAAUCCACUUUUAUCUCAUUAUGUGGAGAAAACAAAGCUUGUGUUCUCCAGAUAACGGGGUAGUUUUUGGGUAAUCCAGAAAACCACAGCAUCGACUGGUCACUGUGAUGUGCCAGACCACGACAUGCCAUGCUGCCAUUGGCCACACUAAUGAGGUAAGCUGAGUCUAUGCGUGUUUGCUUUGUGCUUCCAGUACGGAGUCAAUAAAAUGUGUGGGUGCAUAGCUGCUUCCGUAUUACAUACUUGCGUGUAUUGCGUAAUGGAUUAUGUUAAAUGUUAUAACAGGAAAGAGCUGAAAACAGUGAUUCUACAUACAAAUGUAUUCAAACACUCAAAUGUUGGCUUAUGCUCUAUCUAUAGCCGACUUUCCCAAGGUAUGAAUGAUGUGUGUCACCUUGACAGCUGACUGCUGCGGGUUAUAUGCAGUUCCGCGCACCUCCACUGCGCCUCAGUGUGUGCCAUUUCCUCUGUGCCUCCUCACGCGGCAGCAGGGAGGGAUAUGUUGUAUCAUCCGGCGGCCCGGCACACGCGCGCUCCUUCAGUCUGAAUCCUGCAGCACCAUCAUGGCUCUCAACAUCCCCGGCGUGUCCGUCAUGAUGUUCUUCUACCUGCUGGUCCUCGGGAUCGGCAUCUGGGCUUCCAUCAAGUCCAAAAGGGAAGCCAAGAAGGGCCGGGGGGAUAAGACGGAGAUGGCGCUGCUGGGCAACCGGGGCAUCAACCUGGUGGUCGGCAUCUUCACCAUGACAGGCGAGUAACUGCAGUCCAGGAACAACAUGGAGUCACCUUGCGAUUACAGUGUGGUCAGGAAAAGAUAACAUGCUUCCGAUAUUUUCAGAUGACGGGCUUCUCUGUUUCCACACACAGCAAGGUCUACAUAGUACAUUGAGGCGAAACUGCCUUUUACACGAAACACGUUUUAGAGGCGAGUUGCAAAAUGGUUGAUUGGUGGAAAAGAUUUAAAACCCGAAAGAGACAAAGCGUGUGUUUUUGAUAUACGCUAUAACGAAACACCCUUUAAAAAUCAAACCUUUCCUGGCGUGUAUGAAAUUCAAGAAUUGCGUUUAUUCGACGUAUUUAAGUCUAGGUGGAACAGCCACGAGAAAACGAACAUGAAUAUUUCAACAUGUCUCUUCCUGGGUGUUUUUUAUUCAGAAGGAUAUAUGACAAAAGGCAGGGUUCCGGAAAAGAAGGAGAAAAAGGGGAACUUAAUUUUUUACAAAAAAAAAGGAACGAAAGAAAAAACAAGCUGAGUCACAACAGUGGCAGAAAAUAGCAGCAAAGUGGGUCAGUGAAUUAUUUUUAAAACUCUCCUUUAUCCCCUUGCAUGUCCACAUCUUUCAUAUUUGAUGAAAAUGACCAUCAGCCUAAAUCCUUUCCUUCUAGUUUAUCUGAUAAAGCAACUUCCAGGACAGGGAUGUUUUAAAGUAAUUGGCCAUUAAAUUUACAGUCAGUUCCUAUUCAAUUUUAAUUUCUAAUUAAAGUUACAGUGGAGAGCUUGGUACCUGUUAUCAGGUUACUGACAUGUGCUGCUGCAGACCAGCCACAGCCAACUUGCUGCUCUCCUCUGCACAUGUCAUUUCUUUGUGAUAUAUGUGUGUGCGUUUGUGUAUGUGUGUGUUACAGCUACAUGGGUUGGAGGUGGAUUCAUCGUGGGCACUGCAGAGGCGGUGUACAACCCCUCCAUGGGACUGAUCUGGGCCGUGAUGCCGAUCUCAGCGACCAUGUGUUUCAUUAUUGGUGAGAAUUUCCUUUUAAAGUCCUGUUACAGUGCAGAGUCUUGUACGGAGGCAGAGCAGAGCACUCUGGGGUCAGUGGUUUCAUUUUGACUGGAUUAAGGAAAAAGUGUAAAGCUAUGCUUGUGGGCCCCUGAAGCUGUAAUGCUCAUUACACACACCACACUGGAGGGCUAAAACAUAGACAGGGACUUUGUUGUGCUAAGAUCUAUAUCAUCAGUCUGAUAAAAAGUUUGUUACAACGACUGUCCUUAUUGCUGAAAAUACAGCAUCUCUCUAAAGCAACAGCAAGGGUGCAACUUCAGUCCAAAGCACUAGAGUUAGAUGAGAAAUAUAUCCCAAUCUAAUAGGUUUUGGUUUUGAGAUAACUUUACUGUAAUGCCCGGAUUAAAAUCAGACUGUUGAAGAAGCCCUGUUAUGUGUUUUGUGUGCACACAUCUUAAGCUGUUUUUAGAAAUCCCACAUGUGGUGCUAUACCAGGAGUGUGCCAAUAGAAGCUAGGAUACUGUGGUAUGUAAACACCUUAUUCAGGUUUAUGGAAAAUCUUUUAUUGCACUGAACUUACAGAGUCUGAGAUGGUGAGAACUGAAUACACACCUGCACACAGAUGAUCCAUCGCUGCAUACUGUGAUGGUCAUGUUUAGGAGGGUAUAAAUAACCAGGUUUCUCAUGACCUGUGUAAACACUGUAUCCUUAUUAAGAUCAAAUUCAGGAUAAGCUUCAGGAUACUAAUGAGCAUACAAAAAAAUAAACCUCAGUACUGUCUUCCUGUUAUUUAUAGUAGGGUUUCUCAUCAGUCAACAGAGUUGUUGGGAUCAGGCAUGGAAAAAAUAGCUAGUAAGAAAUAAACUAUUAAAUUACAAAAUUAAAAACUUCUUGCACAAUUUGUAAAUGUAUGAUAUCUCUUAAAAUGUUUGUGUCUAAAGCGCCAGAUUUAAAGGGAAUAACGUAAGUAAGGCAAGGGUGGCAAGGCUAGAAGCAGCGUUAGCUUUAUCUGUGCUUGUGAACAAAGCAGGGCAAGAAAGGAAUAAAAAGGUGGACUAAAGACCAUAUUACUGACAUGUAAAUGGACUGAUAUUGUAAAGACGGGGCAGGACAACAUAAGCUGUUGCUUCUAUUUACCCCUUAUGAAUGCAUCAAUAGUGUCUGUCUUUUACUUUGUGUCUGUUGAUGGAUGUAUUAGCCAUAAAUAUCAUUUUUAAUCUUCUUUUGAAUCAGAACAUUUUGGGUGUGUUCAACAUAUUUAAAGAUUAAAUCAAAUCAAAUAUUCAAGUCUUAGACCAGACUGAAGGUAAUUAUCUCUAUAUCAGAGUUUGGCACUCUAGCUGUUGGCAGAUCCAGCAGGAUGUUGGUUCAACCCAAGUGAUAACUUCCGCUUUUGAGAAACGAAGCCUGUGCUGAAGUGCUUAAAACUACACCUCCUCUGGGGUCUACUUGAGGCUGGCUCCAAAAACACACCCAGUCAAAUAAGCCCCUUUUUGGCAAAGAUAAGUAGGUUCAGAGCCGGGGAAUACCACAAAUGAUUCUGAUCUGUUUAGCUCAUUUAUUUUGUCCAAACACUCUGGACACGAGGUGAUUUUCUUUUUAUAUAACUGAUUAGUUUUGAAGAUGUUACAGUUACCGCUGACUUCACUUACAGGCAGACGCACUGUAGAUGUUAGUGAAGAGGCUGCUUUAUGUCUGCCUUUUUUGCCAGGUCAAAUGAAAGUUAGGUUGAGUCAUCAUUUCCAACAUGGCCUUCACUGUCAAAAGGCUGCAAACGUCAGCUUCGGAGACAAAUGGGUGACCUCACUGAGACGAGGUCCAUGCUUUGUACAGACUGUGGUUCAACCCUUUAAAACCUCUCUGGGAAAAGGACGACAGGAUGUAGUUAUGAUUAAAAAAAAGGAGCAAGAUGACUUUCAAUAUGAAGAUAACCAUUUCAAUGAACCUACAACCAAAACACAUACUGUUUCCCAUCACAGCCAUGGCUACAGUCCCAAACCUUUCCCGACCUAAUGCUGUUUUAAAUUGUUUUCCUAAUGUUUGAAUGAGUCAUUCUGGAUGGCUUUAGCAGACCGCAAAUCUUGUACUCAUCUCAAUCUUCAAUUACAUAAAUGGGGGAUUAACAGAAAACCUUUUAUCAGAGACAACAUGUAAUGGUGAACAUGGUCAGAGGCCAAAAGCUGGCGCAUCAGUCUGUGCAACGUCAUAGGAAACACGGAGUCCUGUGGAAACAUAUUAACCAAGUGUGGGGGGACAAUAACUCACAGUCAGCACCAUCCUUGACAAUCAGUGAGGUCUACAAAGUUAUGCCUUAUCAGUACCAUAGGGAAUCAAAUCCUCCCAUGAUAAUGCUGUCUGACUGAGAAGAGCUGUGCGAGGCCGAUCAUGACAGUGCAUAAAUUAUAUAUCCCCCUGUGUGCACCAUAGCCAUUUGAGGGUGUUAGUGUGAGAGACUAAAGUGGACUCAGCUCAGUUUUUGAUAUACCUAAUGGAAGCAUUAUGGCUUUUUGAUUGGGUUUUUUUAUCAGACUGUUGCUGCCUUUUUGUUUUGAAAAGUUUAAACUAGUUUUAUUGCUACUUAAUAUUUACAGUAACUUGAGUCCCAAUCUGAAAGCUUUCCUCUGAAAUUAAGAGGAUUACUCACCUAAAUAGAGGUGGGAUACUCAGAUUAAAAGCAGUCAAUUGAAGUAUUCCAUCCUGUAUUAACUUCUCAAAUGUAUCACAAACUUGUGAAAUCCAGAGGUAUAGGAACACGUUCAGCCAACUCUCCUGAGGACGGAUUUUCACCUUGAAUAAGAGACAUUCUGGUUAUUUGACUUAUUUUAAUCAACUGAGACACAAACGGUUACAAAACUUCCCUGUAACUUAUCCUCUGCUGGAGAUUAGUCGUGAAAAGCUACAUUCCUUUUGCUCGUGAAAAUCCCAUGGGAAAAGAAAGAUUUAUCCUCUUAAACGCUGAUGAAUUUACGCUGACACAAAUGCGCUCUCUAAAGUGGCCUCAGAGAGCUGGUGAGGACAAGAAAAUUCUGAUGACCCAUUUUCUAAGAGACAAGUCAAUUGGUUUCUCACCUGUGUUUAUGUGGUCAGAACAGGUGAAAUGACUUUGCCAGAAAUAUCGUUUUGAUGUCUUCACUUUUCCACGUUUUCAGGAGUACACGAUGUUGUCUUUUUGAUAGUUUUCAUAUCUUCACAAACACUAAACAGAGGAUGUACAGUAUUGUGUCAAAAUAAAUUCAUGUUUCUUGUCUUUUUUUCAUGACUGCAUUUCUAGAAAACACUGACAUAAUCAUACAGUAUUUAACUCCUGUUAAUGAGAAAAUAAUCUAAAAAAUGAGUCUAUAUAGACAUAGACAAAUGUUAAUAAAGUGAUAAUGUCUUCAUUAAAUGAUUUGGGGGAACCACAUUUUAAAAGUCUCUAGUCUGACAAUAGGGUCUGCCAACAUUCUUUAUUGGGGAUCAUAUAUUUCUAUGUUUGGACAGGGCUUUUACCUCUUGAAGGGCUUUUUGGAUUGGCCUUUGUGUUUGGCAAGUUGCAAUGGUAGUAAUUUGUCACUCACAGCAAACCACGUACUCCAAGAAAAAUUUGCUGUAUUCUCCAAAUGGGAUCAUAAUGUAGAAAUAAACAUAAUGUACUGCAGUAGAUUUGUGAGGAAACUCAGGAGGAGGUUGUUUAUUGAAUUAAUGACUCUCCGGCCAGUGAAUAUCACAGUAAUGUUAAGAUUGUAGAGCAGACUGCUGUGGGAAGGCGACUCUAGGGUCAACCUGGUCACACAUGUCACUCAUAAAAUGUAAAGGAGUUUGAUGCACUGUGUGGGAUGACAACUCUUCCUGUUGACAAUAUGAAAAAAAAAAAUGUUUUAUUCCAAUACCAUUGGUAGACAACAUUGAAUAUUGAUAUUACCCACUGUUCAUUUAGAAAGCACAAACUUCAGAUAGCUGCUAAUGGCUUGCCAGUCAACAGCAGAGAAAAAGAGACAAGAUAUUGGGAAAAAAAAGCACAGAAAUUACCAAGGAACGUCAAGGAGCUGGGGAGCCAACCAACUUGAAGAAAACAGACUCAACACAACAAACCACAACUUGGUAUUGGCUCUGACAGCAUUGAAGGACUACUUAAGUAAGAAAAAAACGGCAAUAGAAAAGUGAGUGUUGAGGAAGCAUCUUUAUCGACACUGCUGGCAUUUUCUGUAAAGAGGCUGAUGGGAAACACUUCUGUUUGACUUUACAGCGACUGAUACGUGUAAUUGACUGUCACUGGUAACAGUAAGGCAGUACACCGUUUAGGCUGCAGAGUGAGUAGAAUGUUAAUUUGCCAAGAAUCUUGUUGCCAUGGCAGCACUUCCAACUGUUAAACCUGAAGGACUGUUAUUUUAUAUCAAUAAAUUCAUGCUAGGAUCAUUAUUGAGUUUCAGCUUGCUAUGCGUUUGAAUGGCAGCUGAGUAAUAAGCAGGAAAAUGUAUAACUGAGAGGGUGGUCAUGUGAAAUAGACACGUCAUUUAUUCCCUACUUAAGGAUCGCCGGACUCAAGAAUUGCCUGUUAUAAUUCAAACUGUCAUAUAUACUCUGUCCUAUCAUCUUUGUCCUCUUUUCCUAUAAAUACAAAUACCCAUAUAAAUACCCAUUGCAGCUUUUACACACGUUUGGUGUUGUUGUAUGGUUUUAUAUUGUUUCUAACAAUCUAGAGUAGCACUGUUGUUAACUGUUUUGCACCAAAACACAGACAAAUGCUUUUAAUGUGUAACCCUAUUUGGCAAAGACCAAUCUGUCUCUGAUCAUAAAGAGUCUAUGUGCCUUUAAAUGACACAUUUUUCAAACUUGAUUUUACAGAAAUAAAAAAAAAAAUGGGGAAAGUGUUUUAUAGUCUAAGUGCAAAACCACUUUCUUAAACAAAUUUAAUAGAAAAAAGGUUUAGAAAGAUAGCUUAGACAAAAACACCUUUCAUGUGUUCAUCAUCAUCUUGAUGUCUACUGUCUAAAUUUAGGCGAGAUGCAUCAGGAUCUGACAGGCUUACCGCCUCUGAUAAAGCAUCCUGUGAAACCCAAAAUAUUUUGUCUAAUUUUAUCUGACAUUCCUUCAGGCGACAUUUAAGGUGAGGAGUUGAAUUGUGUCAGUAAGAAUUAAAAUUGAGGUAAUUUGCUGAUCUUUAAGAUUGGGUCAGUCUAAUGGGUUAAUAUUGUUUUCUUCUUUCAAAAGCUGAAUCUUGACUAUAAUCCCUGUUCAGCAUUUGAGAGCCAAUAAAUCUAAAUCUUUCAUUUUCCAUGUUCAUUCACUCAGGUGGCCUGUUCUUCGCCGAACCGAUGAGAAACAAUAAAUAUGUGACCAUGAUGGAUCCUUUCCAGAUCAAAUAUGGAAAAGUACCGACGGCGGCUCUCUCACUGGCUUCGCUGAUAUCAGAGAUUAUGUGGGUGACGGGAACACUCAUAGGAUUAGGUAAGAAUGUCUCUCUGCGUGGGUGUGAUGCAUCUGAUACUCGUACGUUGAUUCUGGCAGCGGAGCAGCUGUUGAUUGUAGCCCUUUUGCUGAGGUGGUGACUGAAACACAAGCCUUUGUCUAAUUGUACAGUGAGUCUGAAAUAACUUCAUCAAUGGAACAAGUUCUCAAAUCACAGCGGUUACCACAGGGUGAUGUGUUGAUGAAGGGUCACAAAAACAUCAUUGUAAAAAUCAAAGACUGAGGGAAAGGAAAUGUAACACAAUAUUCCUGUUGAUCUUUUCCUUUAUCGCUUUUCUACUGUCUGCACUCAGUCAGAUUUCAGGUGUGUAUACUGUAUCUUUUGUAUUAAAUUUAUUUGUUUUUCAUAUCACUUACUGGCCAUCUUUGUUGUGUAAAAUGUGAGCAUAGGCUGUUGAAACAGCAUGCUGCUGACCCCCUUGUUUGAUACUGAUCUGGCGGUAGUGGUUACAGGCAUUAGAAAUUAUUAAACAGAUAAAGUCAAUCUUCUUGCUGAUGGUCCGAUUUGCUUUUAAGUAGGUCACAUAUAAGCGUCAGUGUUUUAUCAGCUAAAAGCUCCUUACAGAAGCUUUUAGGGAUGUCUGUAAAAAUAUAGUGUAUUAGUGUUAAAAGCAAUACCUGCUUUUUGGUGGUUAAAGGGGACAAAAACUCCAAUGUACCAAAAAACGCUGUACUUCUCUUUAAAUAAACAUCACAGGUUGAACUUUCCCAUCUAACAUCCUUUAGAAACUUCAUGAUUUAGUGAAGAUUGUGCUUCCUCUGACUUCCUGGAACAGUUAGGAUUGAUUUUCAGUCUUCUCACCUAGAUCUAUGGCUAAUUAGCUUGAUAACUUUUUUGCUUUGAAGGACACAUCUGUCACUGGUUUACUGGAGAUUUGUAGAAACAGUAGGAAGAAAAAUGUGACUCAGGCUCUCCCCACACGGCCCCGUAUUGUCUUGGCGUCUGCACCAAAACAUGUAUCGCUGUUUACACAUCGUAUUGUACAUAUGCUUAGUGCAUUUACAUGACAACGCAAAAUCCUGUAGUACAUAUGUCCGGCCUAAAGGUGACACUGUGAAAUUGCCACAAAGCACCAAACACAGAGAAUGCGCAUACAUACAUGCUGUGUGUGUGACAAUGUGGGUUGGGGGAAGGGGAGGAGAGGAGGAGGGGUGCUAUGAGGUCACUGUCUUUUCCGGACUUAUCUAUUUCACCAACAACGGCAUGAAGACGAAUGCCCAGAUAUCCACCUGCAGACCCGUUUUCAAAAAAGAUGACGUGUCAAUAUCACCAGAGCAAUAGUUUAUUUUACUGGUGUCUUACAAAUUUGUACUUGUGUAAAGACCACCUCACUUUGGCAGUGUUGCUGAAUAUCUUUAAGAAUUAGUGGAGACAGUUCAAUCCAAUAUCUUAAAAAAGCUAAAAGUGACUUCUAGUACUCUUCCCUGUGAACAAGUGUGUUAGACAAAACAGGAGUUAUGAAUAUGUCUUUGCACUUCUUUAAAGUGUUGUUUGUUAAUGCUUUUUUUAAAACUUGGUUUUGUGCAUACGACAGCUUUUAUUUUUGCUUUUAUCUCUAUUAUUUUGAAGAUUUUCUUUUUAAUUAAUACUGUCUCAUUGCUGCAUUUCAACUUGGUCUUUUAUGGUAUUCUUAAAAUCAUUAUUAUUAUUACAGUAUUUGGAAAGUAAAUUAAUGCUAUAUUUGUUAUUUUUGGGACAUGUCUGUGUUACUUGUAGUGAUGACACUGCAACUGACUGUAAUUUUGAAUUCCAAAAGCGUACAGAAAAAUCAGCUUGAUAGAAACUACAUUGCAAAGUCAACAUCUCAACUGUUUGAAGUCACUGUUGCAAGAAAUUAAAUUUACAUUUGCUGCAUCAGUUGCAGUGGCAUAUCUGAUUUGAGGCAAACCCUCUUCUAUGAGACAAAUAUCUAGUAAAGGUGCCUGAUUUGAACAUCAAAGGAAGCAAGAUGAUAUUUUGUCAGAAAGCAGACUGUCCAGGAUUAUCAGCAAAAAGAAAAAUGUACAACUUUGUCCACAGGGGGCGCCAAAGUGAUCACAAACUAAACCCUCUUCACAGGAGCUUUAAGGCAACAGAUUUCUAGGAAUUAAUUAAAAAAUCAACAUGGAUGUAAGAACUUUAAGAAUUUGAAAUGUGUCAUUGCGUUUAUGGACAGUGUUUAAAAACUGUUAUGUGUGCUUUUCACAGGUGUGACUAUGAGUGUGAUCCUGGAUUUGUCCUACACUGUAAGCAUCUGGAUCUCUGCAGCUGUGGCCAUCACCUAUACUCUAAUGGGGGGUCUCUACUCUGUGGCUUACACAGACAUCAUACAGCUCAUCCUCAUCUUCAUCAGCCUGGUGAGUUCUCGCUUUUCAGUUUUCUUCGUUCAUGUGCUGGCUGGCUGGUUUGUGAAAGACGUUUAGGAAUUGUUUCUGCAUUUUAAGACACACGCCUUUUUGCUUUCUUUCUGAGAAUUUAAUUUAAUUUAAAAAAUGGCAGCGCCCUCGUGUUUUUGGCGUUAGUCACAGAGCUGGUUGAAGACAGUGGUUAACCAAGCCUAGCAUUAAGAAUGAAAACAUGAGGAAAUGCUUAGCUGAUUGUCCGCAGAUACAAAAAAAAGAGCCACUAGCCCUCUGAAAUCUGUUUUUCUUCAUUGAAAAGCAAAAUAUUGGAGCAGUUUUACAUUCUUAGACUUUCUUUUGCAUCUUCUAGGAUAGAUGCUGACUAUUUCCCUUUCAGUGUAGGGCAACCUUUUCACCAACUCUAUAUUAGGACUUAACCCCAACUCCACAUGUAUAAUUGAUUUUUUCCUCUGUGCGCUACUGCCUGUCCUCACCUUUUGUGUUCGCUCAUUUUGAUAUGGUUUUGUAUGUCCACAUUUUCACCCUGGUUAGACUGAGAACAGACCCUUGCAGUGUAUGCAAAAUGCAGCAUAGGUUACUCCUUACCUGGUUCUUUUCAAAGUAAGCGCUAACUCUCCCAAAGCUCUUUGCAAAACUGACUUUCUUUUUGGUGUUACAGCUAGCCUGCAGCAGGUCCUGUCAGUGUGGCAGGCUGAGCUCGCUAAGCUGCAGUUGCCCAUGGUGAUUGAUUGACACAUGCUCAGACAAAUCAGUAAUGAACUUUGACUCUGGUACAUCAGGGGUGAUAUUUUGUAUACUUACUGUAAAACCAUGAUUUGUGUUGUGUUUACUUGAGUACAGAGUCAACAAGACAUGUGCUAGUCAUACUAGCUGUUUCCACCUGCUACCACUCCACAUGACCAGCUAAGGGUAUUGCACUGAAACUCAAAGUUUAUGAUAUAGAUGUAUGAGAAAAGACAAACAAAACGUUAAGUGAUUGUAGAAACAAGCAGUCAAACGCUCAACCAGGGAAACGUUCCCUGGCUCACUUUCUUGUGCUCAGGGGUUUUGCUGCCCACAGAGUCCAGGAGCCCAUAUGACUUAGAGCUUCAAAGCUACUUUGUGGCUAAGGCUAGCUAUCUCAAUGUGAAUAUUUAUGAGUUACAGGAAGGAUUUUAUGACUGAUCUCAUGCACAAAGUUAUGCCACGGUAGACUUCAGCACUUAGCUUCUUAUACUUAACCUAUAAUUUGCUGACAUUAUGAGCAAAUUUGUCUUGCUUUAAAAACAGACUUGAGAGUCUAAUUUCCUCUCCCCUGACUCUUGGAAAUAAAGCAAAAAGACUGUUCCUGUUUUUUUUUCCUUUUUUUUUCACUUUUUAUUUUUUAUAGAUUUAUGUGAGGAAAUGCAGUUUCUUAAUUUGCAGUUUCAUUUGCUUUGCUUUGAAGUAACUUAAAAUGAAAGGUUUCAACUCAAUCUAAGUUCAACUCUGUUGUCUAGCCAUUGUGUGCCCUGAUGAUUUUAUCUUUAGGUGUCCAGGAAAAGUCUUAGAUGGUGCGACGGUGGCUCAGUGGUUAGCAUGUGUCGACCAAAACACAUGUCAAUCAGGUGAACUGUAAACUGAUGGGCGAAUGUGAGUGUGGUUGUUUGUCUACAUACUUUAACACUGAACAAAAUGGCAAUCUGUAUAAGUUUGUCUUUACACCUGGGAAUUUCAAAACUAUUCAGGUGAUCAAUAGAAGAAUAGAGAUGUUGUUUUCUGUAUGAACCAUAGACUGUAUAUAAGAAGCUGAUGUAGCCUCUUAGCUUGAUAUUCAUCUGGAGGGCAACAGCCUAAGCGAGGAAGCCCAGACUUCCCUCUCCUCGGCCAAUUCAUCCAGCUCCUCCUGGGGGACCCCAAGGUGUUCUCAGGCCAGCUGAGAGACGUAGUCUCCCCAGUGUGUCCUGGGUCUCCCCCAUGGUCUCCUGCCGGUUAGCUUCCUAGCUGAAGCAAAUUCAGUAGUGUCCUAAACCUGCAUCUUCUUUAAGUGCCAGCAGGGGGCAAUAUUAAUAACAAUUACGAAAUGUGGAUGAAAACAACAAUACUACUUCUCACUUGAUUAAGGUCUCAGUCACUAGCAAGCCUGAUGGCCUAGUGGGUUAGCAUGCACCACUUACGGGGACCACGGUCCCUGCAGCAGUCGUGGGUUUGAGUCUGGCCCUGACCAUGUGCUGCAUGUCCUCUCUCCAUUCUUCCAACCUGUGCUAUAAAUAAAGGCAAAAACUCGUCAAAAUUAACCCUAAAACAGUGGGGAUCCGUCAACAAGGACAGAGGGAUCGUGAUGUGUAUCCAAAAUAUUAUAACGGUGAAAUCAAUAUGCUCAACUUUAAAAUGGUAGUUAACAAACCAACGGACGACGCCACAGUGGUUAUAUCUACUUCUCAUGUACAGUCCAUGAUACAAAGGGAGUCAAGACCACCAUUAAGAAGUAGGGCCAAUUGAACCUGAGUUUAGAGAGACCUGCCAGCUAACGUUUUCUUCUAUUGUUGUUUAGGAGGGCUCCUUGCUCCAGUACUGUAACAUUGUGCUAACAGGCAUUACUUUUUUCUUAGUGGCUGUGCGUCCCCUUUGCCAUGAUGAGUCCCGCUGUAGUGGACAUCACAGAGACAGCCUUCAACUCUACUUUCCAGUCCCCGUGGGUUGGUACAUUGGAGGCGGACAGAGCCUGGAGGUGGAUCGAUAACUUUCUACUUCUGGUAAGCCUGGAGGGGUUCUUUGUUAGAGGUGAUUUUGGUCAAGGACGCCCACAAGGAUGUCCUCUGCCUCGCUGUUUUAUUAAAACACGGACAGCAGAUCGAGUUUCAGGUUUGGACUGGACAAGAUCCAAGUACGAGGUUGGGAUUCAGGCAUUCACCAUGAUCCAUCUUGUGAAAUGAACUGAACUGAACUGUAGAUGUUACACAAACGUCCCUCUUAGAUUUUAAGUUUGCGUAGCACCUGCAGAAAUGAGAAUCCCCCCCACUUUUGCAGCUCGAUUAAGUUCUUUUAUAACUUAAUUAACUUGCAGCUGAGAACAGCUGUUAAUCAUGACAAUCUGUAAAGAGGUCCAACCAAAUCUUUUAAUGAGCUUAUGUGGAGAAGUUUAAAGGACUUUGUCUUGCAGCAUUCCUGGGAGUUUGUCUGGAGGUAGAGGUUUUGAAGUGAGGAUGACUGAGCUGCUCCAGCUCCACUUUGUGCCUCUAAAAUUUAGGUAACAGAGAUUAUCUUUGUUUUGUUAAAAGAUAUCUGUCCUGCUAUGGCUUUGGAUAAAAAAAAAAAAAAAAAGAUAUAUUUUCUGCUCUUUAAAUGAGGAACAAAAUGGAACCUCUUCUCCAGUCAUGACUCAGUUUAAUCUGUCCAAACAUGGUUGGAAAGAUUAAUCAAGGAUUUUUCUUUUCUCAUGCUGAUAGUUAUUAUGAUUAAAAGCCCAAAGAAUAGAUCAAAGCAGCCUGAGCAGUUUUAUUUCUGUUUUUCAUUCGGCCUAUCUUUGCCUCAGACUGCACAUCAAUACUCUGUCUCCUCUUUGACGUGUACCUAAUGUGGCCUGAAAGCAAACAGUGUGGCUCAGGGGAACUUAGGUGAGCAUAACUCCUUGUUUAGAUCCAAGAUCAAACAGAAUCUUUACACAUCUUUCACUGGAUGAAGAAUACCCUUAUUUAGACACUCAGUAUAUCUCUGUGCUUAAUACAGGGAUAAAGACUCCCCUCAGAGGGUAACCUUGAGAACUGGAUGGCACAACACAGUGUACACCACUUUUUCUCAAGUCUCCUUGAUCCAGCUUUUGUGGAUAAUACUUCCAAAUGAGAAGUCAAGGUUAAAUUAAAACGUCUUUGAAUCUCAGGCUGGCAAGCUGUCAUAUUUUCUUCAUAUUAGCAAGAGGGAACAUGUUAAUCCUGGUCUGACAGAAAUACACAGCCUCUAGUGGGUGGUGGUGGUGGGAUGAAAUCUGUUUGAUUUUUCAAGUCAGCAUCAUAGAAAAACAUUGUGCAACCCAAGCCAUCACCUCGCCAUGCAGUUUUGACCCAACUUGACUGUUUUCAGUGCUGAGCGCAGAUUAGAGUUGGCAGUGUUGUGAUGGUGUUCGGCACAAUAUUACAACGAUCUCUCUCUCAGAUGCAGAGUGUUGAGCUAAAUCUUGCAGGUAAAGGCAUGAUCAUUGCUUCCCUCCAGUUGUCAGUAUUUUUACAAAAAAUUCUACCCUUACUAAUUCUUUUGUGCACACUCACCUCUCGCUUCUCAUUCAUCUUCCAACUGGAGUGUUUUGCGCAGCUGCUCAUUGAAUAAAAGAUACAAAGUAGAGAAAGAUAGCUGCCUAUAUAGACAUAAAAUGCCUAUUCUAAUUUAACAAUGAAAGGAUUUUUAUGUUCAGAAUGAUGAUUACAUACUAAUUUAACCACACUUAUAACUAUUAAAUGCCAUUUCUACUAAGCCUAUUCUCCUAAAUGCUACUAAGUACGGCACUCUACAUUGUGCCACUAGCAUGUAAGGCUUAAAGGUGGGGUAGGCAGGAUCUGAGGAAGUGCCAGUUUUUGGGAGAAUUUCUUGAAUGUUAGCACUACCCCUCCCAACCAGUUUUCCCCUCAGCUCCUCCUCUCCCUACCCUCUCUGCUCUAGCAAGCCCCGCCCACAAACAGACACUCCUGCUCGCUUGUAUUCCUCUGAUAGAAUUCAGAUAUAAUGCCGAUAAAUAAUUCAGAUAAUUGCAUAUGGGGCCCAGUCGAUGUGGAAGUAAAGCAUUGGUGCUACUUUGGAUGCUAACAGACGACGAGCAAACACAAUGUUUGCAGAACUUCUACAACUAGGAUAAAGUGACAUAGUCCAGGACCCGAGGGAAACAGUUUAGCUGCGCUACAACACGCAGCAGGGGCCUAUUCUACAAAGCAGGAUUACAGCUUAGCGAGGUAACUUCGAGGGUAACUCGGGGUUUCCUGUUUUAUGACGCAGGUUCACUUCUUAGCGAGGCGAGUCUCCAUGGCAACGUACGCUGAACGGCUAACCUGCUCCAGGGCAGGUUAAGUUCCAGAUUGAACUCACCGAGUAUAAAAACCCCGCCCACUGACCAAUGAGCUCUCUCGAAAAAUGGCUUGUCUGUUAUUGGAAGAUCCUAUAGACUUCGGUGCUCGCAUUGUCCGAGGAGGAGCACUCCUGAAGAGUUUUCAGGGACCGCACGGACCCACUUACUUUACCAGAUGACCACCUCUAUGAAAGGCUCAUAUGGCCCACAUAUCACAUAAACAAUGUAAACACGAUACGAAUGAACAAAUGAAUGAAUUCAUCUUGAAAAUGAAUUAGACAUGUCUGGUGCAUGUUAAAAGUGCAUGUUGAACAGUGCUAUUUCAGGGUGAUAAUGGCAUCAAAGAUUUUUGGCGCACUAUACUUCCGCAUUGAGACUGUCUGCAAUUUUCUGCCAGCAAUUCUUCCGUGCUUUUGCAGCGGUGACGGUGUUGCUUUUGAGGUUGAUGAUAGAUUUGAAUUCUUCAUACUUUCUCAUGAUCGUCUCCUGCUCCUCGUUUGUGAAGUAUGCAGUCUUUCGCUCUCCGGCCUGCUCUGACGCUCUAGACUGGUCCAUGUUCGUGAUUGGUCAGAUGCGGCGGGCUCCGCCUUACAUGCAUGCACGGGCUCAUAGCAAAGCUGGAUCCACCUACGCAGUUGAUAACCAGCGUCGUAAGACUGUUUAGCGAGACCGCUGGCUACCGCGCUAAGUAGCUCCAAGGCUACCUCGCUUGGUCGAACUUGCUUCGUAGAAUAGGCCCUUGGUCCCGUUUGACAAGAAACACUUCUGUUACAGACACUUGGCUUACUUUGUUAAAGUGGUUUACCUGUCCAGCAGAAAGGUUAUAUGGUCUCUAAGUUCCAAUCUCAAGGCGUCCCCUAUCAUUUUAUGUUGACGCGGCUUUUCAGCUCUUGUCCGGGUGGUCUACCUCCUUUUUAAGUGCCCAUUAUUCCGCCAGCGUGUCCGGCAUUUAUUUCAUUUUCUUGUUUGUGUUGGCAGUCAUGGCUAAAGGAGGAUUCAGACAGUUUUCCGUACUUUAUGGUUGGUUUCUACUGUCUGAUAAUGUAGCACGCUAACUUUGUUUGGACUUAUGCAUGUUAUUUGUCUGCCUCACAACCAAUCAAGUCGGGGAGGUUUGUUUGCAGUCAGAAUGAGCGGGACGCUCAAAAAUUGUAAAAUGUUGACUACACAGACAUAUAAAACACAGCGAUAUUGUGAUUUUGUCAAAUGUCAUCAAUAACUAAUAGCUAUUAACUGAUAUUAAAAGUUUUUUGUUUAUACACCACAAAAAAAGAUGCUUCUUUAAUGGAUUCCUGCCUACCCCACCUUUAAUGAAAAGAUCAUGGCCAAUUCAGGUACAUCUGUAAGGCUGUGCUGCACACAUCUCUACCCUGAUUUGAAUAUUUUUAAGACUUCACUCUUUUUCUGCUGCUCCUAUAAUGAGGAAAUGUCACAUGAGAGGGAGUGAUCUGAAAGCGUAUAUCAGCAUAGCUAUACUGCAGUAAUACCUUGCAUCACAAUAUGAUUUUAGCGACAGAGCCCCCAGUUCUUUAUUGUCUUAUGCUGUUUUCCAUACAGAAAACAGAGAAAAUAAAAGUAAAUAGCAUGUUAUUGAUUCUACUCCUCAAUAUUUGUUUCUUAGCCAACAUAACCAGGCCCAUAAUUCUUUACCAGCAGUCGAUACUUUAUAAAUCUACUUCAUAACACAUUUUAUCAAGUAUGCUCUGUUUUAUCUCCUGACAAGUAUGGUUGAUGAAUCCAGAAACAUAUAAUUUGCUGUGGUUAUUAUUAUGUCUAGAAGAUCAGCAGUAAAGAGAUACAUGUAGUAAAAAGGCUCUGUAUUGGUGACCUCUGUCGCAGAACUCACGAAUAACACCUGUUCAAAGAAAUCAUGAAAUCCCUCCAUCGUUUGAAAUAUGUGACUGAUACACAUACUGAUUUUCUUCUUUCUGUUUAUUUAUUUUUUUGUCUUUCUCUGUUUAUAGGGUUUGGGGAAUUUGGGCCUGCAAAAUUUCCACCAGAGGACACUGUCAGCUUCCUCCUCAGCCACGGCCAAGAUCACGUGCUUCGCCGCUGCGUUCAUUGUUCCCUCAUUAGGAAUCCCUCCUAUACUGCUUGGAGCAGUGGCUGCCUCAACAAGUAUGAGUUAAAGACGGAGGAUCAAAACUCCACCUUCUAAUCGGAUUAUAUUUCAACAACCUGUCUGCAUGUUUCGUGUAUUAUGUGACGUUAUAUUCCCACUCACCUGUGACUGUUUUCAUCCUUAGAUUGGAAUUUGACCUCUUAUGGUCCUUUAUCUCCAAUUGAACGUGGAGAGAUGGGGCUCAUCCUACCCAUCGUCCUGCAGUACCUAACCCCGACCUACAUCUCCAUCAUUGGUAUUGGGGCCGUGGCUGCUGCUGUCAUGUCAUCCACUGACUCUGCCUUACUGUCUGCAGCCUCCAUCUUCACCUCCAACAUCUAUAGGAAUAUCCUGAGGACACAGGUGAGGGGAGGAUUAGACAUACCUGAACUCUUUCAAACUAAAAGGGUGUAAAAUGUAACAGAAAAAAAGGUGAUAAAAAUCAGUUCAAAACAAAUGGUUCUGAUAGUAUUUUGUUUCCUUCUUUAAAGGCGUCUGAGCAGGAGAUCCAGUGGGUGAUUCGAUGCUCUGUUGUGGUUGUGGGCUUGGCUGGUACAUCUCUCACCUUCCUGGACAACAGCGUCCUCAUGAUCUGGAUGCUCCGAUCUGACCUCACCUACACCUUGAUGCUGCCACAGAUCGUCUGCGUCCUCUUCUUCAAGAUCUCCAACGCUUAUGGAGCCAUUCUUGGCUGUGUGAUAGGCAUGCUUUUGCGGGUGUUGUGCGGGGAGCCGCUGCUUCGGAUUCCACCCCUCAUCAAAUUCCCGGGAUGCACUCUGGUUAACGGUGUCUACAUUCAGCAAUCUCCGAUCAGGACCAUCUGCAUGCUGUCAGCUGUGGUGUCCAUCUUGUUGUUCUCCUACUUGGCAUCUGUGCUCUUUAACAAAGGCCUGAUUUCUGAGAAAUGGGAUGUUUUUAAUGUGAAAGUCCAGUACUCAUCACAACCACAAGAUGACGCCAAAUAUGACACUAAAGAGGAGAACUUGAAAGAGCAAAAUGAGAACAAUGAAGCGUGUGAACCCAUGUUAGAAUCAACAUGUUGAGAAAUAUUGUUUCAGAUACGUUUUUCAUCAGUCUGGACUUAGGAACAAAUGUAUUUAAUGUGUUAAACAUACUUUUAAUAAUACAGAAUAUUUUGAAUUUUUUGUAUAAUUUUAUACAUAGUAUAAAUGGACAACAGCAUUGCAUCUUUGAACUUAUUAUUUUUAUUAUUAUAUAAACAGUAUUAUUUUUUAAUGAGGUGGAAAACUAUUUUUUUGAGAACCAUAAGGAGACUUGUGAUGGAAGUCAUAUCUUCUGGAAGAAGAGCUACGCAGCUAUUUUACGUGUACAUUUUGGUGUGAGCUUACUGUACCUUUGGUGUGCAUGGUCCAGUUUAUUACGUGGAAAAAAAUUAAUCAAGAUACAACAAAUAUUAGCUCACACUUGGUAUCAGCAGGCACUUAAGAUAAAAAGACUCAGUCUGAGAUCGCAAGCAAUAAAUACUAAUGACUCUUCCGCCAUUCGUCUACUUUCUUAUGCUAAUCCCAAACCAGUUGUGAUACAUGUACCUCGGAUUCCCUAAGCAGUUGAAUGUACCGAGAAAAAAAAACCAGGAAAGCAACCUAAAAACCUCCUGAUCUGAUGCCUGGACCACCUCUACUCUCUCCUUUUGACAAGCAGCUGUGCUUAGAGCUCCAUCCAGAUGUCUGAACUCCUCAUCUUAUCCCUACAGCUAAGCCCAGGGGGGGCUCACUUUGGAAUCAUUCCCAGGCUCAUGAGAUCAACUUACCGCCCUUUAAGGACACAAUAUGCAACGAUAGGUGAAUUUUAAGAUUUUGUACCUCUAUUGCUAUUCACUCUCUCACCAAAGAGUAAAAAGCCACCACGAGAUAUUCCUGCGCACUCUCUCUUUUCCUCUCCUCUGUCAGUUUCCACUUUGGUGUAUUUGACUGUGCUUUGACGCUCUCGCUUAGCGGUCAACUCAAAAUACCAAGGCAGUGGCAGUAAAGAAAGGUGACUUGGUUAAAGGCUUUAUACCAGCAGAUUGUACCUGUUCAACCUGCUUUUACUGUAAGAACCUUGUCAAGGGAAUAGACGGGGAUAUAAGUGACAUUAUUCUCCUUAUAGCGAGCUUAUUCAUCAUCAGGCUGUUGUUAAGGCACAUUAUUGCUGGCAUGUAGGUCUAAAGGUAGUUUUUAAUUUAAACAAUUUGAAAACAAAGGUGAUUUGAUCUGAAUAUCCAAGUAUGGACAGUGAUUUUAACAACAGAGCCACAGGACAGAUACAGAAAAUGAACAACUUAUUUUGCCUUUUGCAAAUCAAAAAUGAAAAUAGACAGACAAAUACAGAUGAUUGAUCAAAAUGGAUGAUAAAGUAGGUAAAUAUAAACAUUUUAAGGAUUUUCUAACAGAGAAAAAGACAUUAUGAUAACAGAGGUAUGUUUUUUUGAGAGAGGAUGCAACAUCAUUUAUGAAAAAAUCCUUUACUUAAAAAAUGAGAUCCACGUGUCCUACCCGCUUCCCAUGAUACACAAAAAUAGCCACCCUCGGCCUGAUAAUUCAACAUGGGGCUGUGCAGCAUGCCAGGACAGUGACAGAUGUCCCGCACUGUCCCUCCCCUUCAUUACCCCCUCCCCCCAUCCUCCCUUCCCCUUGAUGUCUGCGUCACUCUAAGUGAAGCAACAAUAUAUCAGAGUGCUCUUAUAUAAGGUGACAUCUCGCUCCUGACUUGUCUGUGUGCCAGCAGCUCUGGUGGAACAAUCACUCCACGUGACAGUAAAACAGACUGAGAUAAAGGUCUUCUAAAAAAAGACUACAAAAGACAGUGUGACUGUCACUGCUCAGGCUGCUUCUGUGUCCUCUGUUUGAUGGUCAAGAUGAAUUUUAAGUAUGCUGCUGAGAGUAGUGAGGUUGUAAUGAAGAGAAGAGGAUUAGUUACCGGUUUGCUUUUGUCAUCUAUUAUAUGACAGAUGUUACUCUUGGACCCAAAUUUAUUUGCUCUUUAGCAUCUUAAAAUAAUUUUUAUAUGCCUGGGUAAAAGUCUUUUGUUUUUCGUUUUGAUUCUCUGUGCCUAAACUUGAGUUUAAAGUCAAACUUUUUGUAUGAGCAUCUUCUGAGCUGAGUCUAGAUUUGAGCUAAAAUGUUUCAAUAAGGGUAAAACUAAAAGGCUUUUGGCGCAGUAGGGAUAAAUUAGGACUGUAAUGGCAUCAGUGAGGGAUGUAUUGCUUUUACACAGAUGCAAGAAAAAGUAUGCUGGGCUGAUAAAAAAAGAUCACGCUCAAGAUCUAAAGUGAUAUUAGUCACAAAAUGCAUGAAAUGCAUGACCGGAGAGCAUUUGUGUGUGUGAGAGAAAGGUCAGAAAAAAUCUUAUUUUGGAACAGAAGAAUUUGUAAAGGCUUUUGUAAAACUGGAUGUCUGCUCUUGUAUUUGCUCUCUGAGAAGAUUUAAAAAUGAUUGUUGAUUAACACUUCUGAGUUUCACACUGAGCAGUGAGAUGUUGCUGUGAAAGUGGUUAAACUAUGAAAACACUCUGUGGAAUCACACGGAUUGGCUUCUGCUAUUAGUAAGUGCACAUAAACACAUUAAAAGUGAUUUUUCUGUUGUUUUUCUUGACAAAA